ACCAUGGCUCAACUAUCUGACUACCGUCUGCUCACAUUUGACGUCUACGGCACGCUAGUGGACUGGGAAACCGGCAUCCUCACCGCCUUCCAGCCCACCUUGGAAAAGGCAAACGCGCAAUUCUCGCGCCACCAUCUCCUGACUAUUUACCACGAGCUGGAACAUGCGCAACAGGAACAGACCCCAGACAUGCCCUAUUCUGAACUCCUGACAACCAUCCACCCCACCUGGGCGGCGCGUCUAGACCUCCCCGCCCCCUCCCGCGACGAAAGCAUCCGUUUCGGCGAAUCAGUCGGCAACUGGCCCGCCUUCCCAGACACCGUCGACGCUCUCAAACGACUCUCCAAGCAUUACAAACUAGUGGUACUCUCCAACGUCGAUCGCGAAUCAUUUGCCAAGACGAACGCUGGCAGUCUUCAGGGAUUCGAAUUCGACUUGAUCAUCACCGCGCAGGACGUGGGGAGCUACAAGCCCGACUUGAAGAAUUUCGAGCAUAUGUUGGACGCGGUCAAGGAGAAGUUCGGAGUGGAGAAGAGCCAGGUGCUGCAGACGGCGCAGAGCCAGUUCCAUGAUCACUACCCUGCAAGCAAGGUGGGGAUUAAGUCGGUAGCAGUAACCUACACGGCCGACCAAUUCCACGGCCUCUACCGCGGCGGCAAACCGCACCACGCACCAGACUGGGCGCACGUCGUCGCGCGCGCCCGCGCCCACGGCUGCGAGAAGAUGCUCCUGACCACGAUGACGCUGGCCGGCGCAUCACAAAACCUGGCCAUCACACGCGAGUACCCGUCCAUGUGCACCAUGACGCUCGGCGUGCACCCUUACCACGCCAACGAGAUCUACGCCGACGAGGCCGCAGCCGCAACCCCGACUGACUCCUACCUCACCCGCCUCCGCGAACUAGGCCACUCCCUCCUCGCCACCACCACGCACCACUCCCCGCUCGUCGCGUUCGGCGAGAUCGGCCUCGACUACGUGUAUCUCGACCGCGCCGACAAGGCAACCCAGCAGCGCGCGUUCCGCGACCAGCUUGACAUCGCGGUGGAGAUGCACCUCCCGCUCUUCCUGCAUGUGCGGGGCGAGGGGGCGUGCGAGGACGUUGUCGCGAUCCUGCAGCCGUAUUUGGAGCGGCUGCCGGUUGGGAGGCGGGGGCUGGUGCAUUCGUUUGCCGGGUCGGCGGAGGAGAUGCGCGUGUUGGUAGGGCUGGGGUUCGGGAUUAGUGUCAACGGAGUAAGUUUUCGGACGGAGGAAGGGCGCGAGAUGGUGCGGCAGGUGCCGUUGGAGGUGUUGCAGUUGGAGACGGAUGCGCCGUGGUGUGAGAUUGUCGAGGACGAUGCCAUCAAGCCGUUCUUAGAGGGGGCGAAGCCCCUGCCCGCGGCGAGGAAGAGUAAUAGGUUUGUGGAGGGGUUGAUGGUCAAGGGGAGGAAUGAGAGUUGUGCGAUGGAGCGGGUGGCUAGGGUGGUGGCGGGGUUGAAGGGGGUCGAGGUGGAGGUGGUUGCUGAGGCGGCGUGGAGGAAUAGUGUUGCUAUGUUUGGGUUAGGGGAAGGGGAUGGGGAAGGGGAUGGGGAGGGGGAGGGGGGGGGGAGAAGGGGGGGAGAAUUGAAGCAUUGA